GCCACCACCAUCAUUGCUUGGAUUUCAUAAAGCCUAUAAUGUCCAAUUUAGCUAGUAAAUCGAUGCGUGUAGUCAAGAACUACGCAAAAGGUUUCUCUGAUUCUCAAGCGAAAGUAAGAGAAGCGACUUCAAACGAUCCUUGGGGUCCAUCCGGUACACAAAUGAAUGAAUUAGCACAGCUGACUUAUAAUCAAAACGAUUUCGUUGAAAUUAUGGAAAUGCUUGACAAAAGAUUAAACGACAAAGGAAAGAAUUGGAGACACGUUUUUAAAUCACUCACUUUACUCGAUUACCUUCUACACGCGGGAUCAGAGAAUGUCGUUUAUUACUUUAAAGAUAAUGCUUAUAUUAUAAAAACACUCAAGGAAUUUCAACACGUGGACGAUGACGGUAGGGACCAGGGCGCUAACGUCAGGCAGAAAGCCAAGGAUAUUUCAAACUUACUCUCAGACGAUUCAAGGUUGCGCGAUCAGCGUAAAAAUAGAGCAUUCAUGCGCGAUAGAAUGACUAAAGGUGCUCCAGGUACUUAUGGUCCUGAUGAAGAUUACGAAUUGGGCGUAUCAGGGAAUAGACCAAGGUCACGCUCACUUCCACAGAGGAGACGACGUGAUGAGGACGAUGACCUUGCUCGCGCUUUAGAAGCUUCAAUGAGAAGUCAAGAGGAGGAGCAAAGGAAAUUGAGAACUGGUCAGAGUGAUGACGACUUGGCUAGAGCUUUAAAACUCUCACAAGAAGAGGAAGACAGGAAAAGAGCAGAAGAAGCUCGUCGUAAAGCUGAGCUCGACAAUGCAAACGCCAACGCACUCUUCGAUGAUUCAACUCAGAUAUGGUCACCAAAUGCCUACAACCAACCGCAGCAAGUGGACUUCUUCGGUAAUCCUAUACAAUCCCAACCUACAGGUGGCUUUGCAAUGGCAGAUUUGAGUUCACUUCAACCACAGAUGACAUCAUUCAACCCUUUCCAGCAACAACAGGAGGCGAUGGCGAUGCAGCAACAACAAAUGAUGUUACAACAACAACAACAAUUGGCUGCACAACAACAACAACAGCAACAGCAAGCUAUGUUGACAGGUAUGCUAUCGCCACAGCCAUUGCAAGAGCAGAAAACAGGAUAUAGAUCCAACAAUCCUUUUGCAACGCACUUAACUGGUAAUGCACCUGUACAAACUGAGCUUCCUCAAGCUUCACCUCAACCUGCUAUACCCGCAAACUUUGCACCAAGUCCAAGCCUGCACCAUCGACCAUCAAUGCCAAACUUACCAACGUCAACGAGUGCAGACUUUGGUAACUCACCUCCAAGGAACCCUGGCCUUAAUCUCAAGACCAAUGAUGCAAAACAUGAGAAUAUUUCUAAUGCAUUGGCAUCUGGAUCGGGAUUAGAUACUUUCGGUAAUGAAGGUUUACUUAGAAUUCCAACUGGUGCGGCAAAGUUUGCACCACAGAAGACGGGUGGUGCAUCACCGUUUGGAGCGUCAUUGCCUAGUGCAGUAACUGGAACAGGUGGUGGUAGCGCAUUCACUGGACAAGCGCAAUCAGCCUUUUCACAACCAGCAGCAAAUGUGCCGACGACUAACAAUAACCCAUGGACUGUAAAUAAUGCGUCUGGUCCAUUCGGUCAACCAGCUCAACAAAAGCCUCAAACAGAAACACCAUUUUUCACACUCUAAUGUUACUGUACUUAGGAGACAGAGAUUUAUGACAGCUUUACUUUGUAUGUAUACUCUUUAAAUAUAUAUUUGUUAUGUUUGAU